AUGCUAUAAAAAUUCUUAACUCAAGUUUCAUAUUUCGAUAGAUUUGGUGCCGAAGUAAAGCUAAACUUUAGAAAAAGAGAGACACAUUAAUCACCUUUUGGAGGUUUCUGUACAAUUUUACUUGUCUUAAUCUUAACUAUUAUCUUUAUACAAGGAGCAAUAGGUCUAAUAAAAAAAUAAACAUUCAUUGUAUGUUAUUAUUAUAUGAAUUUAAUAAGAUCUCUUCUGAUUAAGUACUUAAUGUUGAUCCUCCAAACACUUAACUCUAAUUAAAUGAUUUUAUGAUAGCUUUCCAAGCAGAAAAUCAAAUUACAAAUGGAACCAAACGACUUCUUAAUUUCAUUUUUACAUCUCACUUGUAAAUGAUGGAUGAUAAUGGUAUUAUGACUAAGACAGAAACAUCAACACACAAUUUAGAAAAAUGUACUAUUUCUCACUUUGUUGAGUUUGAUGAAAAAAAUACUUACAAUGUAUAAAUUUCAUUACAUCAUUAGAAAUUACUUAAAGAUCAAUUAGAGAAUUAUUAUUGUCUUCCUCUAAAUUACAAUCUUAGCAUAUAAGGGACAUACAAAUCCAAUAUAUUUUAAUAUGGUAAAAUAUCGGUAAUAAUUUGUUCAUCUGAAGAAUGUUAUACCCCUGCUGAAAUCUAGUAAUUCCAAGAAUUGGGGUAUUUUAAUAACAGUUUCAAAAUUAACACUUUGAUGCUAAAUCGAGUUCCUAAUUUAAAUUUGGAAAAUAAUUACAUCUCUUAUAUAUAUUCUGAUUAUUACAUUCAGGCCAAAAUAGGAUAAGAAACAAAGACUGAUGUUUUUUUAGAAUAGUAAUCCCUCUCAAUUGAAAAAUCAGUCAUUCCUGGUAUUAAAGAUUUGGAAUAGCAAUCGCUAUUUUCAAUUAUGGAUUAUAAAUUAUAAGCAUCUUCCGUUUUUACUUCAAACAUAACGAAAGUAGCUUCUUUCUUUAUAAGAUUAUCCUAAUCAGAAACACAUUAUUAUAAACUAUAUUAUAGAUUUGAUGAAUUGUUUUCAUAUGUAGGAGGAAUUACUUAAUUUCUUGCAACUGUUCUUGGAUAUUUUAUCUUGAGAUAUAAUUAAGCAGGAUUGUAAAUUAAAUUAGCUAAUUCUUUAUAUCAAUUUGAUAUGCCUGAGAAAAAAAAAGGAGAAAUGGUAUUCUCAUUUUAAUCUUUAGUAAAUAAAAUCUUUGAAUCUCUUAAAUCUAUUGAAGAUAUUGUAUCUAAAUUUAAAUCUAGUGCUUAAAGAGUUAUUACUAUUACAAGAUUAGCAGGUGCAUUAAAAUUUGCUAAUCAAUCUGUUUUACAAAAUGAUAAAAUUGAAGAUGAAUUAGCAAAUUCAGUUAUGCUUAAAUAAGAAUUAUAAAAUGAACAUUUAGAAUCUGAAAAAUGUGUUGAUUAUUCUCAUGAAAGCAAUCAAGCAUUCUAUUUAGAAUAAGACAAAAAAAAAUUCCUAAAUCUUAUUAUAUAAUUAAUUUUAGAUAGUAAAAAAAAACUUUCUUUUGGAGUUCAUUUUAUUGCCAAAUAACUCUCUGGUUCAUUUAAAAAAAAUACAACUAUCAAUUAUUAAUCUUAACUAUUUGAAAAAUCAAGAAAAAUGAUUUUAAGAGAUAUGGAUAUUUUGGUUAUUAUGAGAAAAUUAUAAGAAAUUGAAAAAAUCAAACACGUAUUAUUUAAUAAAACUUAAAGAAAAGUAUUUAAUUAUUUAUAGAAACCUGUUGUUUGUGUUAAAGAAAAAAUCAAUCAAGGUAAAUAUGAUCAUAGUUUAAUUCACACUGAACUUAAAAACAAAAGAGAAAAUGCUCUAAGAUUAACUCUGUCUUCUAAAUCUUUACUUGGUCCAAGAUAAAAAUUUAACACUGAAAAAAAGUUAAUAAAACUCUAUGAAGCAUAUGAAAGUUUAGUAUUUGCAGAUGUAUAAGAUGAAUCAGAAAAAAUCAUGAAUUAACGUCUUUUAGAAUUAGUAGAACCUACUAUAUAAUACAGUUUCAAUUCUCUUGUUGAAAUUGAAAAACUGUCUAGAUAAUUAAGAUAUAAUAAAAAAAGGAGAGUAGCUACUAAUAUUCUUAAAAAUAAAACAUUUAAACAUUGUUCUUCAAAUGAUAUUGAGGAAGCAGGUGAAAAUAUUUAAGAUAUUGAUUGCAUCACUCUAAAUGGAUAAAGAAAAGAUGAUUUAUUUAUCAGAUCACCAUAAAGUUUAGCUGAAAAUAGAUUUAAGAAUUUUAAUACUAUCUAAAGUUCUACAAGAAAGCUCUAAUGUGUAUAAUUAAAUCAAAUUCCAUCUAAAUAAGGAAUUGAAAUUGAAAUUUUAUCUUAAUGA